UAUGGGUAUUUAAGGAGGAAUCUUUUAUGAAGUGUUUAUCUAUUUAUUUAGUUUGGCAUCUUCUUCCCUCUUCUUUUCUUCAACAGGUUUUGUGCACAAGCUACACAGCAAGCUCAUAUUCAGGAUCAUCUUUCAAGAACCCGUUGGAGAUGGAAAACUUUACGAGAACCUAGAUUGUUGUUAGAGAUACAAAUUGAGCUUUGAUUUCUUCAUAGGUUAGAAGCACGAAGGCCAAGCUUUUAACAUGGCUGAGGAGGAGAAGACUCUUGUUGAAAUUCUAGAGGAGAAUAACCCGAUUGACAUAGUGAAGUACAUCAACUUUGUUCGUGCACCAGAAUGUGGUGCCAUUGCUACUUUUUCUGGCACAACACGAGAUAGUUUUGAUGGAAAAACUGUCGUGGAGCUCAGAUAUGAAGCAUACGUUCCUAUGGCAAUCCGUUCCAUUAGAUCUAUAUGUACUUCAGCUCGAAAAAUAUGGAAUCUCAAUUUAAUUGCUGUGGCUCACUGCUUGGGCCCUGUUUCAGUUGGUGAAACAAGUAUAUUUAUUGCCAUCUCAUCGGUUCAUCGGAUUGAUGCAUUGGAUGCUUGCAAGUACUUGAUCGACGAAUUAAAAGCAUCAGUGCCGAUUUGGAAGAAGGAGGUUUAUGCCAAUGGAGAGGUUUGGAAGGAGAAUUCCGAGUUCUUGGAGAGGAGGUCCGAGCUCGGGAAGGAGAAUGGUGAGAAGAGAAGUUGUUGCCAAAGGAAAGUGAAGGUGGUAAAUGAGCAUGGAGAGGAGGAACGCAACGAGGUUAGGAUGGAUGAAGAAAGAGAAAACAAGACAAACAAUGACAAUACACAAGUACAUCGCUAGAAUCGUUUUACUUGGAAAUUGUUUCUUGAACCAAAUCAACACUAAGUUUUGCUACUGGUGCUAAUGCUCCAAGGUACGCAAAUUUAGAUGUAAACAUGUACUACUAUUCAUCUGAUCAAUAAAUUUCUUGGAAUCAAUAAGUUUGGUUUUGGUUA